CACUCGAAAAAAGGGGCAAAUCCUCCCUCGGGCCUCGACUUGGAAGAGCGGAAUCUGAGUCUGAGAGGAAGAAGUGAGGACUUUUUGGAUAUUUAUAUAUAUAUAUAUAUUAAUUGAGGGUCGGGGUUUGCCUGAGUUCGAUGGAGCUGCAGAGGAAGAAGAAUUUCAGGAAGAGAAGGGCAGAGGAAGGAGCAGAAGGGGAGGGAGACCCUCAUGUCAUAUCCGACGACGAACAAGAAAGGAGGAUGACACUGGAGGAGGUGAAAUUCCUGCAGAAACAGAGGGAGAGGAAGUCAGGGAUCCCUGCAGUUUCUAUUAAUGCAUCAUCGUCAUCGUCUUCAAAAACAACGGGCUCUCCAGGUGUAGGGUUUGGGGUUGGCUUUGCUAAAGUCGGCGGCCAUCGUGACAGUGCUAAGAACGACGCUGCCGGUGCUCCUGACGCCGAGAAGGAAGACUUGGUUCUCCACGACAACUUCGCCCAGGAAACUGCUGUCAUGGUUGAAGAUCCCAAUAUGCUAAAGUACGUUGAACAAGAAUUGGCCAAGAAGAGGGGCAGGAAAAUUGAUCCGACAGACCAAGUUGAGAACGACUUAAAGCGUGCUGAAGAUGAAUUAUACAAAAUCCCUGACCAUCUGAAGGUGAAGAGACGAAACUCAGAAGAAAGCUCUACUCAGUGGACCACUGGAAUCGCUGAGGUUCAGCUUCCUAUUGAAUACAAGUUGAGAAAUAUCGAGGAAACAGAGGCUGCCAAAAAGAUUCUGCAAGAGAGGAGGCUCAUGGGUCGGACGAAAUCAGAAUUUACCAUUCCAUCAAGUUACAGUGCUGAUUAUUUCCAACGUGGCAGGGAUUAUGCUGAAAAACUUAGAAGAGAACAUCCUGAGCUGUACAAAGACAGAAGUGUACAGGAUGAUGGCGCUGGAUCCAAACAAAAUGAGACUGGCACAGAUGCAGCAGGACAAAGGCAAGCUGCAACAGAUCAGUUCAUGCUAGAGCGCUUUCGCAAACGAGAACGCCACCGUGUGAUGCGGAGAUAACUUGCACUUGAUUCUUGUCGCAAUUGCAGCUAUAGCUAAGUUGCGAGAAUGGUUUUUGUACUGAUUUGUGUCCUAUGACAUGUCAUUUAUGCUACAUUUGCAGCUCCCGGUUGUUAAAUUAAGUGACACAUUACACUUGUUGCUGCAGAAAUUGUUGGUACCAUUAAUCUUUUGAUAUGCUAAGUUACUAACUGUACAUUAUUUGAGUA